AUGGGGUUGCAUCAGGGAUCAGCCCUUAGCUCUUUUUUGUUUGCCCUAGCGUUGGAUGUGCUGACACGACACAUACAAGGGAGGAUGACGUGGUGUAUGUUAUUUGUUGAUGACAUAGUUCUGAUUGAUGAUACGCGACGUGGUGUUAACGCUAGGUUGGAAGUUUGGAGACAAAUGCUGGAGUCCAAAGGUUUCAAGAUGAGUAGGUGGAAAACUGAAUACUUGGAGUGCAAGUUCAGUGAUGAGAGGCAUGAAGAAGUGGAAUUAAAGAUAGAUACUCAAGUCAUUCCCACAAGAGAUAAUUUCAAGUAUCUUGGGUUUGUAAUCCAAGGCAACAGGGAGAUUAAUGAGGAUGUUACUCACCGCAUUGGAGGGGGUUGA